AUGGCUGGUGGGAAGCAGGAGCUCAAGAGAAGCAGAUCCAUCGUCCCCUGCUUUGUGCUGGUGGAGCUGGUGAUCCUGGCAGGCACCGUUGUCCUGGCCUACCACUUUGAAUACACGGACACUUUCCCAGUGCACCUCCAAGGCUUCUUCUGCUACGACAGUGCCUACGCCAAGCCCUAUCCUGGCCCAGAGGAUGCCAGCAAGGCGCCGCCGGUCCUGGUCUACUCUCUCGUCACUGCAGUGCCCACUGCAAUGAUUCUUGUGGGAGAACUGGCUGCCUGCUUCCUCCAGCCAGAAACACACCAGGAGAAGACAAUUGUCUCGGGCGAGUGCUGUUAUUUCAACCCCCUUCUACGCCGCAUCAUCCGCUUCUUAGGCAUCUAUUCCUUCGGACUCUUCACCACCACCAUCUUCGCCAACGCGGGCCAGGCGGUGACCGGCAAUCAGACGCCGCAUUUCCUCUCUGUGUGUCGCCCCAACUACACUGCCCUGGGUUGCCAGCCCCCACCAGGGACCCUGUACAUCACAGACAAGGCUGCCUGCACUGGGAGUCCUGCCUUGGUUGCUGCUGCCCGCAAGGCCUUCCCCUCCAAGGAUGCCGCACUUAGUGCCUACUCAGCAACCUACACGUUGAUGUACGUGACGCUCGUCCUGCAGCUGAAGGGCUCCCGCUUGGCCAAGCCCUCCAUAUGUCUGGCCCUUUUGUGCCCUGCUUUCCUUGUGGGGGUGGUUCGUGUGGCUGAGUACCGGAACCACUGGUCUGAUGUGCUGGCGGGCUUCCUCACAGGUGGGGCCAUUGCUGUCUUCCUGGUGAGUUGUGUGGUCAACUAUUUCCAGAGCACUCCGCCUUCCUCCCAGCCGCUUCUCUCCCCUGAGAGCCUGGCCAGCGUCCCUGUGGUGGACUUGCCCUGCGUUGACAGUUCCCUGGAAAAACUGAGCAUGGCUCAGCAGGUGAGGGACCACCCAGAAGAACAGGAGUUUUCUACGCUACUCUCAAGAGAUCUGGAAAGGCAGCUGGCACGAUCUCUCCACCUGGGAGUGCCCAGCGGUGCAGCACUGGCCCACCCCUACGAAAUCACAGAGCUGUGCAUGCAGAGGUCACCUGACCCUCAGCUGUGUCUCUUCCCCACCACCCCAGAUGUCCUUAUUCCUUCCCGGUCGGUCACCAGUGAGGUCUGA